CAUGGAGUGAGCGAGGAGCCGGGGGCUUUCCCGCCUGGGACCUGAGGUUCAGAGGGGAAAACAACAACAGUGUGGAACACUGUUUAUAGACCAUCCACAAAGAGAAGGAAAGAGAAGACCUGCUGUUUAAAAAAAAAGAAAGAAAGAAAAAAAAAGUGCUGCAUGUACAGAUCCUCAAUCAGCGUGAAUGGCAUUAACAAAGGAUUUGUUUGAACGGAUUAAGUGGCUUAUCACAGCUGCCUGGUGGCUGCUGAUUGUUUUUUCAGCACAAGAAAUUGACGGGGGAGGAUAUGCAUAUAUUGACCCGUGUGGGGGACAGGAUUGUUCAGUGUGUCGGUGCUUUCCAGAAAAAGGAUCAAGAGGUCAGCCUGGUGAUUUGGGAGCUCAAGGUCCGAUUGGGUCCUUGGGAUCUACAGGACCAGCUGGUCUGCCAGGGGAAAAAGGACAGAGAGGUGAGAAUGGGCAGCCUGGGCCAGCUGGAGAAAAAGGUGAUAAGGGCCCAACUGGAGUCCCAGGAUUUCCUGGUUUAGAUGGCAUUCCUGGAUUACCAGGAAGUGAAGGACCCAGGGGCAGGCGUGGUUUAGAUGGCUGCAAUGGCUCAAGAGGAGAUCCAGGAUUUCCAGGCGAAAAUGGUUAUAUUGGACCAAGAGGUCCUUAUGGAAAUCCAGGGCAAAAAGGAGAAAAAGGAAAUUCAGUGUACGUUUCACAUUUUGGAAAAGGACCUCCAGGAGACAGAGGUGAUCCUGGACCCCCUGGCAUGCCUGGACCUAGAGGGUCGAGAGGUACAACGGGCCCAUCUGGAUACCCAGGCUACCCAGGCUUGCCUGGUAUUCCAGGUUACCCUGGUUUGCCAGGUGAACAGGGGAAUCCAGGUAUUGGAGUGGAUGGACAAAAGGGGGAGCUGGGCGACGUUGGACUUCCUGGGCCACCUGGGUCACCACUGUUAGUUGGACCUCCUGGAGCUCAGCUGUUCAAAGGAGAAAAGGGCCAAAAAGGACUACCUGGGGUAACAGGAUACAGAGGGCCACGUGGACCCAAAGGUACACUUGGGAGAGGAGAAAAGGGUGAAAAAGGCAUUCCUGGAUUCCCUGGAUUACAGGGUAAUCCUGGUUCUUAUGGACCUGCAGGUUUUCCUGGCAUGAAGGGGGAAACAGGAUUUGCUGGUUUUCCUGGACAACCUGGCUAUCCAGGCAUACAGGGGGAUCCAGGAGAAGAAGGGCCCCCAGGUCCUCCUGGAGCUGUUGGAACUCCGCUGCUUCCUAUAAAAGGUCCACAGGGAGAUCCUGGAUUUCCGGGUCCUGCUGGUGAUAUGGGGUCAGUUGGACCAAUUGGUCCUGCAGGCCUGCUAGGAAGACCAGGAGAUGAUGGAACAAGUCUGCCUGGCCUGCCAGGAGUAAGUGGAGCACCAGGACCUCAAGGUUUUCAAGGUGACCCUGGUUUCCCUGGAACAGGUGAAUCAAUUCCAGGAAGACCUGGAUUUCCUGGACCGCCAGGCCUACCAGGACAGCCAGGAAGACAAGGCUUACCUGGACUACCCAGUGUAAUCUGUACUGACAGAGGGAUCUCUGGAGAACCUGGAGCAAAAGGUCAGAUAGGCCUUCCGGGAAGAAAAGGUGAAAAAGGAGAAAAGGGAAAUCAAGGCCUCUGCUCAUGUAGUGCUGGUCCUCCUGGUCCCCGUGGUAUGCAAGGACCUCCAGGUACUCAAGGAAAGAAAGGACAAACGGGAUACCCUGGAAGACGUGGAGAAAAGGGCGACCCAGGCUUAUCUGGUGCAAUGGGAUCACCAGGGCUCCCUGGGACACCUGGUUCUACUGGAGAACACGGUGAAAAAGGAGAGAAGGGUGAUCCAGGAAGAGUUAGAAUAAAAGGAAUAAAAGGUGAAAGAGGUCCUGCUGGGGUUCUAGGAUUUCCAGGCCAAAGAGGUAAUGAUGGCAGAGAUGGGGAACUAGGAUUGCCUGGGGAAAAAGGAGCUCAGGGUGAUUCUGGAGUACCACUGCCGGGUGAUAAAGGAUUCCCUGGGGUCCCAGGACUUCCUGGGGUAAAAGGACAGAUAGGAUUGCCUGGUUUGGGGUUUCCUGGCCCUCCAGGAAUCAGGGGUAGCCCUGGAGACUUUGGUGAUACUGGUAAUGUUGGGCCACCUGGUCCAAAGGGCCAGAAAGGUGAGACUGUCUGCAUUACAUUACCAUACCCUGGAAAUCCAGGUCCCCCAGGUUUUAAAGGUGUUCAAGGACCAAAGGGUUUAAAAGGACUCCCCGGUCAUCCUGGACCAAAUGGCUUUGAUGGGCAAAAAGGCCAUCGAGGCAGGCCAGGAGUAGGAAUCCCUGGGCCAGAAGGCUUUCGAGGCGAAGCUGGUGAUCCUGGUGAUGAAGGUGAAAGAGGAUCUACAGUUGAUGGUAAAAAUGGCCCUCCAGGUCCACCUGGCAUAGAUGGUCAGAAAGGUGUUCCAGGUGAUACCACAUAUGGUCCUCCAGGAAUCCCAGGCAACAGGGGACUGCCAGGACCCCCUGGUGCACAAGGAGCAAGGGGUGAUCCAGGCAUUCCUGGGCUUCGAGGACAGCCUGGUACCCCAGGAUUUCCAGGUGCCAAAGGUUUUAGAGGCCCAGAAGGUGAUAUAGGAGCACCAGGCUGUCCAGGCUUCCCUGGCCCACCAUGUGACACAGGCUUACCAGGGCCACCAGGACUCAGAGGUGUCAUGGGCCUGCCAGGACCUCAAGGCUUACCAGGCUUUAAAGGUCAGAGGGGAGACAGGGGCCUAGCUGGGCCACCUGGAAUCAAAGGUCUCAAAGGCUCUCCUGGUUCACGAGGUCCCCCAGGUCCUCCAGGCUCCCGAGGACUUCCUGGUCUUCCAGGCAAUAAAGGACCACCUGGUUUCCCAGGACGAACAGGAAGCAAAGGGAUUCAGGGACCUCAAGGAUUCCCAGGACUCCCAGGAACACAAGGCCCAAUGGGAAUCUCCGGUGUAAAAGGUGAAGAAGGAAAAAUGGGUCCACCUGGGCCUAGUGGAGAAUGUGGAGACAUGGGAAUAAAAGGUGAAAGAGGGCCUCCAGGAGACAGUGGCUUCGUUAACAUCCGUCUUGAGAAAGGACAAAAGGGGGAACCAGGGUUUCCUGGUGAGAACGGAUUUAGAGGUGAAAGAGGUGAAAAAGGCAAUACUGGUUUCAGAGGUACCCCAGGAUUUCCAGGGAAGAAUGGUGUCCCAGGACUGCCAGGUGACCAUGGUGACACUGGACUGAUGGGGUUUCCAGGAUCACGAGGUUUCCCAGGACCAAAGGGCUUUAAAGGAAUUACGGGUUUUCAAGGACAACCAGGUGACGAGGGUGACAUUGGCUUACCAGGAAUCCCUGGAAAUCCAGGACUGACUGGCCCAAAAGGAUCUAAAGGCAAGAGAGGUGACCCAACUCCUCUGCUUGGUACACAUGGUCGAAAAGGGCCUCCCGGCGAUCCAGGAUUACCAGGACUCUGUGGAUUCCCAGGAGAGAAGGGUUCACCAGGUAUCCAAGGGCAACCUGGAAGACCAGGAUCCAAGGGUGACCCUGGGUACCCAGGAAUACCUGGAUUUCCAGGAGCUACAGGUCUUCAGGGAUUGCCAGGAGAACCUGGACAAAGAGGGAAACAUGGACUUUUGGGACCUCCAGGAUUGCAAGGAUUCGCUGGAUCCCAAGGCAGAAAAGGUCUUCCUGGACUGCCCGGACUGGAUGGUUUGGAUGGACUAAAAGGUCAAAAAGGUUCUGCAGGAGCUCCAGGUCAAAGUGAAACAGGGCCCCCAGGGUACUCAGGAGAACUUGGACCAAAAGGAGACAGAGGUGAACCUGGAUGGCCUGGUAUUUCUAUUCCAGGCCCCCCUGGAGAAAGGGGAUUCCCAGGAUUCCCAGGCAGAAGAGGACCUGUUGGACCCACGGGACCUAUGGGAAGAUCUCCUGAUAGUGCUUCUCCUGGUCCUCCAGGUGAUCAAGGACCACCUGGUUUAGAUGGCAUCAGAGGUCAGCCUGGGAAUCCUGGUCCUCCUGGAGAGACUAUCUUUGUGCGAGGAGAUCCAGGUGAUGUUGGUAUUCGAGGGGCACCAGGUAAUCCUGGGCAGCGAGGGCAACAAGGAGCCAGAGGUUUUCCAGGGAACCAAGGAAGAAGAGGCCCAAAGGGUCCUAUGGGAAUCCAUGGCCCACAGGGUCCACCUGGUGCUGCAGGACAACCAGGAGACCAAGGUUUUCAAGGAAAACCUGGUCCCAAAGGUCCCACAGGUGACCCUGGUGAACCAGGAAAAAUAGAUGAUUCAUGCCCUGCAAUCCCAGGGCCUCCUGGGGAAGCAGGGCAAAGAGGAGAUGAUGGCUCUGUAGGAUUACCAGGGCCAACAGGCCACCCUGGACCUCAAGGAAGAAAAGGUGAAGAAGGGUCACGUGGCCUGCCAGGUCAAGAUGGCUUACCUGGGGCACCUGGACCACCAGGUGACCAAGGGAAUAUAGGAGAGCAAGGAUACGCUGGGCCACAAGGUCCACCUGGCCAAACUGGUAUCCCGGGACCGCCAGGCCCCCAUAUUAGAUCUGGAAGUGGAUUCUUGCUCGUCCUUCACAGUCAGUCAGACAGAGCACCACCCUGUCCACAGGGGAUGCCAAAAUUAUGGACUGGCUAUAGUCUGCUGUACCUAGAAGGACAAGAGAAAGCUCAUAAUCAAGAUCUUGGUCUGGCAGGAUCUUGUCUUCCUGUGUUUAAUACCAUGCCCUUUGCUUACUGUAAUAUCAACCAAGUUUGUUACUACGCCAGUCGAAAUGAUAAGUCUUACUGGUUGUCAAGUGCUGCUCCUUUACCAAUGAUGCCACUCUCUGAAGAGGAAAUACAACCGUAUAUAAGCAGAUGUGCCGUAUGUGAGGCCCCAGCCCAAGCGGUAGCAGUUCACAGCCAAGAUCAGUCAAUUCCUCCCUGCCCAGUGAACUGGAGGAGUCUUUGGAUAGGAUAUUCUUUUUUGAUGCACACUGGAUCUGGUGAUCAGGGUGGUGGACAGUCCCUCAUGUCACCUGGAAGUUGCCUAGAAGACUUCAGAUCAGCACCGUUCAUUGAAUGCCAGGGUCAGCGGGGAACAUGUCAAUUUUUUGCUAAUGAGUACAGUUUCUGGCUAACAACCGUGAUGCCUGAAUUGCAGUUUGCAUCAGCUCCCCUGUCAGGAACUCUUAAAGAAGGACAAGAGCAGAGGAAAAAAAUCAGUAGAUGCCAGGUAUGCCUGAAGCAUGGCUAACAAGCGGAACAAAAAUGAACAGCUAGCGUGAGACUUGCAGAAGGAUGAACAACAUGCUAAAGGUUUAAACAGUAUUUAGUAUUUGAAUAUAUUUGAAAGCGUGCAGCACUAUUCUUUGUUUGAAUGGAUAUAUAAGACUGGAAGAUGAAGGAUCUGUUGAGCCUCAUCCACCCACGUACACACAUCUACACGUAGUAACAUCUAGUGUAAACGACAAUUCGACAAAAUGAAACUGUCACACUGGAGUUCGCUGCCAUAAUAUACAGGUAACAAGGUGAGCUUGGCGGGUUGACUCAAGUCGGGAAAACCAAGGAAACCACACCUGUUGUGCAAGACAAUGGAUUUCCUGUUAGAAAUGGCAUUUACAGCAGGAAGAGUAUGUGCAUUUAUAUAGCAUAUUCUAAAUAUUUAUCCUUAUAGAUACAGAUGUGCAAACAUACAAAUGUCUUAAAGCCCUAUAGCUGAAUUUCCCAAGCUAAAGAAACCUGCACAUGCUGUUUCUGAGGGAAGCGGAAAAUGUAAUUGUUAAAAAACCCUCAUAAUAAAAAUAAUGAAGAUCAAAGUCUUUUACCACUGCAGUACUGAACCAAAUUGCAAAAGAACUGUUAAUUGGGCUUUCAUAAGCAACAAAAAGUUGCAAAUCCGUUUAACAGCAGAUGAUGUAAGAAAAUAAAAUUAGCUGAGAUAACGAAUCCUUAAAAAGCUAUAUUUAUAUUUGCAAUUAAUUUCUAAGAGCAGUUAAAUUAUUAAGCUCCAAUCCAAGUAGCUGAAGAAACAAAGCAGUUUCUAAUAUUAAUUGAAAAGAAAUAGUAGCAUGGUGAUAAAAUGGGUGAACUUACCUGAGUGAUGAACAUAAGUGUUAGGACAAUUGUCUAAACUUGAAGCUAAUAAAUUUUGUUUAUUUUUUGCUUCUUUUUUUGUAAAUACACCACCAAAAAAAAAGAACCGUCACCUUUAAGAUCCUUAUGGAAUCAUAGCUCUAGAGAUGCUUUUUAUUUUUUAAAGCAUUGAUUGUUAAAAUGUUUAAUAAGCUAAAGCACUAAUCACCUUUUGAAAAAGUUAAAACACAUUUAUACCUUGCUUCAUUCAGCUAUAAAACCAGAACUAUUAAAUGCACAUGUGAAUCAUGGUGAAACUACUGAAAACACAGAUUGCAAAUGGAGAAUUCAUCAUGUGCAGAAGGGCCACAAAUGCCCCUUUUACCACGUAAAUAAGCUACAUUUUACUAGAAUGGAAUAAAAUGGUUUUUUCCAGCACUUUUCAUUUCAAUUUGUGUUCACUGAGAGAGGUGCCCCCAGCAAAAGGAUUUUCAAGGAAACCGAGAUCCACGUCCAAGAGUCCUAAUUCAAAGAAAACUCCCUCUGAAGCCAUCACGAGUACAACAGGCUGAUCAGCCAAUUUAAAAGUUGGAUACACAAGCUCAAAGAGCAGGAAAGACAGACAUUCCAGUCUCAGCCAGAGGGAAAUAAAAUAGUCAGAGGGUAAGUCCAUUCAAGUGUGAAUACAUCAGACUGUGCAACUUCCUUCUGACAAAACCAGCCAAACCUCUCUGAUCUGCUGUGCUUACAUGGUGGUCAACUACCUCUCCUGCUCUUUCACCUGGGAAGGGGUCAAGAGCCCGCCUGGGGCACGUCCCCAUCCCCACCCGUCUCGAGGAACAUUUCCCUUUUGGUCCUAGUGGCCCACUGGGAGCGGGCACACCUCUCAGUUCACUCCUCAGCGAUCCCAGCUGCAUGCUUCAGAUCUGGCACGCCACAGAGUCUUUUGAGGAGGGACUAAUCCCUACCAUUGAGCUGUAUGAAAGAAUUUAAUCCCCUCCUGCUUCAGACAGCAUCCCACACGCAGGCGAGACUGCCUUUCCGGUUUGAAGCAAAAACCAACGUCUCGACUCUGCAAGGUGCUGAGUAGCUUCGGAGCUUACGCCUGUGAGAAGAAAGCAGCAUGUAGAGAGGAGCACCGUGCCUUAGUCACCUAUUCUGUAAGGUGUGCAAAUGGUAUUUCCAAAGAGGCUGCAGCUAAAACCACACUGGGCUAGUCACUUCAGUUUAUGUUCACGGCGCUUCCUCAGGUGAGGUCCCCAUCUCCUCAGUGGAUUUAGGUAAUUCCUCAUUAAGGUCUCAUUUCUGAGCUUUUCCUGACAGUACUCACCAGCUCCUCCGUUACUCAUUUGCAGCCUCUUUGCAGGUUAGAAACUCUCUGGAGAAGGGCAGUCACUUUGCUGGAAAUACUUACAGUGGGGCUUUUGGUACUAACUGCACUUAGGUAAACAAUAAAGAAAACCUUACACAGUAUGUCAUAAUAAGACAAGUAAGAUGGACUAAAAUGGGAAUUUGGAAUCGGAUCUGUGUUCAUCUAACUUGAACAAGUACACAGAAAAAUCUUAAAAACCUCUGAGAGAAUCAACAAAACAAAGACCCCAAAAUCUAAAUAAGCCAUUUCAUGGCAUUGUACCAUCUUGCUCUUUUGUUUGAUUUAAAAACCAUGUAAAUCAUGUAAACCAGUCAUGUUUUUCUGUUAUUUUGAUGCGGAGUUUUUGCAUCUGUGCCAGUUACAUUUUACUAUGUUCUAUAAGAACAUCUUAUAUAGGAGGUGUAUUUUUAAGCUACCACUGAUACAUUAUAUAUUUCAUAGGUGUGUAAAUUCCCGUUUCAUGCUUAGCUGACUCUGUAAGGCAUUUGUCAGAAAUAUUGUACUAAUUCAAAAUGAAAUUGCAGAUAAAUUGCUUAAUAUUACAAAGCAAGUAAGACAGACCAAAGUAUAAAGCAGCAUAUGCUUUAAUCCUGCAAUCAUUUGUCCAGUGACUAUAAACAGAAAAAUAGUUGGUAAAUAAUUCAUAGGGGACCUAAUUAUGAAAUUAUGUGUGAAAAGGAAUAGCUGAAACUGUUCAUGAGUAAAAACACUCCUAAAGGCAGUGGCCUUGUGCUAGUCCUUAUAGUCCAAAUUACCCUUACUGUUGCAUACAAGAGCUUUGGAUCUUGCGUAGGCCCAGUAAAGCAGUGAAUUUUAUCCUAAACAGCAGGCAGGAUAUGAAUAGCAACACAGAAAAUUAUGCUGGCUACACUUGGAGGUCAUUGGAGUUAGAGCCAUUUGGGGUGAACUGCCCUGGAAUUAAAUUCAGAACCCGUGAUUUACAAUGAGGAGACUUGCUCGCCCAUCACCGCAGCAAACCAUGGCAUCUGUAUGGCUAGGAAGCAGGGAAGAUGCCUGGCUCUAACUCAUGGCAAAUCCUCGGGGCCGUUGUCAGAUUCUUCUCUCUCCUUCACAUCCCUCUGCAUCAGGAUUUCUGGAAGAUAACUAGUAGAAGAAAAAUACUGCAUAGCCUGAGCCCUGAUCUGCCGUUAAGAAAUGCGGCCAUUUUUGCUUCAUGUGCUGUUUUUUGUAAGACAGGGAAAGAGAUGCACAGGCCUAAUACUGAAAAUGUCUUUUGAACUGAAUUUCAUCUUUUGGUGUAUACAGAGCAUGUCAGAAGGGAGAGACUAAAGCAAAACUGGAAACGGGUGUCACUCAUUUUAUCACAACGGUGCUGUAUUGUAAAAAUGGUAUUUUUAAGCUUACUUUAAAUUAAUUUGUGUACAGUAGAA